UCUAUAUUCAAGCAGUUGUCUCCUACAAUGAUCACUUCUCCGAGUAGUGGUAAAUAAUUCAUGCAGGAGGCUGGAGAAAAUAGAACAUCAGUAACAGGCAUGGACAGCAAAUUUAAGUGAUGAUCUGCAAAGGUUAGUUGCAGCAAACAUGGAGGCUUGUGGUUAAGAAUCAAAUCUCCCAUCCCUUCCUAUUUCUCAUUAAGCAGCUAAAUUCAGGGAGGAGUCCAAACCCUGUCAUGUUCCAUUUCAUGCUCUUUCUGCAGCAGGUUGUCUUUUGAAAGGCUACUGCCUUGGAUCAAGUCUCACAGCAAUGAGUCUUGCCACAUGAGGGACUGCUUGAGAACACUAAUUAUUAGUAAUAAGUAAUGAGUCUAUUAAAUGCUAAGGAGCUGCAGUUCUCAGGCCCUGAAAUGGCUGUUGGAAAUCCAUGUGGAUAAAUGUGAGGAGGGGGAAAGAAACAAUACAAGCUCUACAGGUAAACGAUGGGCUCAGAGCGGAGUGUUGCUAUUUAGGAAUAAGAUCUUGGGGAUAUAAUGGAGACUUCCAUUAAAGUGUCAGCUCAGCAGUGAUCAAAACAGCAAAUGACAUAAGGAAUUGGGAGGAAAGGAGUGCAGAAUAGUGCAGUGAACAUUACAGGGCACCUCCCUAAAUCUGCAUGGUUCUCCUUCCCAGCAGUAAAAAAAGCAUGUGGUAGCACUGGAGAGGGUUCAGAAAAGGGCAUCUGGGAUGACCGAUGGGUCAGACUGGUUUCCCUGCAAAGGAUGACUAAGACAUAGGCUGUGUUUCUUCCUCAGCUUUGGAAAGAGAUGACUGUUGAGGGUGUAGGGUAGUAGUACAGUAACAGUGAUGUGAAGAAGGUGAAUCAAUGGGUCUCCUUUUCACCAUGUGUAGUGGGGAGCUUCAGGGGGAGCUAGCCCAGGUUCAGAGCGAGCAGAAGGGGGUGGUUCCCCAUGCCAAGUGAAGCCACACUCUUCAACUCCUUGCAGCUGAAUGGUAAGAGAUAAACACCUUCAAGGGCUGGCCGGGAAGUUCAUGGGAAGUAAAUUUAUUGGCAGCAUCUACUAGGACCCCACUUCUGCUUUAGGAAGGCUGAGCUGCAGGCUGUUGAAGCUCAUGAGAGUGUUUUAGGGAAGUAUCUUGUGUAUGCUCUGUUUUUUGUUUGUGUUUUGUUUUUGUUUUUCCCCUAAGCAUCUGACUUUGGGUGCUGUAAGGGUCUGGGUAUAAGAUAUUUUUUCUCACUCAGUAUGGCCAUUUUAACAUUCUGACCAAGUAGGGCACACGGGACUGAGGCCCUGGAGUACGUUAGCUUUUGUUGUUGCAAAUUCUCAAUUUCAGACCCUUUCUUACAGGCUUCCAAAUGUUAAAAGAGUAGCUUUCUGAUGUUUGGGUUCCUUGGCCAAAAGAGACUGAGGAUGUGGCAGGCAGUAUGCAUUAUUUUGAUGUGUAAAUAUUCAAAAAAAGUGUAAGAGAGACACAAGCUAGGUAUUGCAGCAAAGCUGAGUUGGUAUAAGCUGUGGUUUACAUGGACUAUUACAUAAGGCUUAUCAGUGUGACUUCCCAAGGCAUAACAGAUGUCAGAAACCUAAUUUAAAAUUUACCAGGAGUGAAAAAUACAAUGGAUCCAGACAUCUUAAAUGUGUUUACACAGCCUGCUGCCCUUAAUCAGUUCCUUGUUGAGAAUGUCAUCACUCCAGGAGAGAAGAAGAAACUUAUAAAACCCACUGCAAGCAACAAUCCCAAAUUGGAGGAGUUAAAACUGUUAUUGAUUGACUGGAUUAACACAACUCUGAAACAGGAGCACAUAGUAGUUAAAAGUCUGGAAGAAGAUCUGUACGAUGGGCUGGUACUUCAUCAUCUCUUGGAAAAACUAGGAUCUCUCAAGCUGGAUGUUGACAAGAUCGCAUUAACAGAAAAAAAACAGCGGCAGAAACUCUCUGUGAUUCUGGAAGCUAUGGAUAAGUGUUUGCAACUGGAUGAAAGUCAGCUGAAAUGGAGUGUGGAAUCUAUCUUAACAAAGGACUUACUGAGCACCCUGCAUCUUCUGGUCACAAUAGCAAAGCACUUCCAACCCAGUCUGGCUAUUCCUCCAAAUGUUCAAGUGGAAACAAUCAUCAUUGAGAACACCUCCGAAGGAUUAAGGAUGACAAGUGCGGUGGAAUAUAUCACAGGAAGCAAAGAGAAUUUAGAAGAGCAGUCAACGGAUGAUGCCUUUGAUGAAUUAUUUAGCCGUGCUCCAGAUAGACUGGAUGAUGUAAAAAAGGUAUUUUUGCAAUUCGUCAACCAGCAUGUUGGAAAAUUAGGAUUAAAUGUGAAAGACAUGGAAUCUCAGUUUGCAGAUGGAGUUAUCUUACUUCUGUUAAUUGGACAACUGGAGGGUUACUUUCUGAAUUUAAGGGAUUUCUUCCUGACUCCAGCCAGCACCACAGAGAUGCUUCACAACGUUAACCUUGCAUUGGAUUUGCUGACAGAUGGAGGUCUUCUAAAUUUUUCUGUGAACUCUGAAGAUAUUGUGAAAGGAGAUAUGAAGUCUACAAUGAGGAUUCUGUAUUGCUUGUAUUCCAAAUACAAGACUAAAGAAACAUGAAGAGCAAGACCAAGAAUUUGGAUGCUCUGUUUGCCGCUGUGCAUGCACUUGUGUUUGACAUUUGCUGUAUUAAUAUUGUAUAUUCAAAUAUGUGUUUCUGCAAGGUUUCACACACCCUGAAUAACUGGAAGUUAGUGCAUGUUCAGGGCCAGUGAAUUGUGUAGUUCUGUGUCUGUAGCUCUUUCUCUCUCUCUCGUUCGUUCGAGACUCCAUAAUGCUGCAAAGUGUAACACAUGCUUGUAAAAGAUUCUGGAUUCUUUGCUUCUGGAAAUGAAUAUGGAAGAUGUUAUUACACCCACCCUGUGUUUCUGCUUCUGGUUUGCUCUGGAAACAGGAGAAGGGGAAAACCAACCAUGGCAUCUCCAGGAAGAUUACAGACACUAUGAAAGUUCAGGUUCAAAAACUUAUUUACACGAGUGGCCAGCUGUUCUCAGACAGGAGACUGUGGAUUGGACACCAGAUGAAUAGGUAGCCAAAAUGAAAUCGGAAUUUACCUUUAAUGACAUAAUUGAAGUCUUUGAUAAAAGUUUCAUUACUUGCUCACUCGAAUCUGGAAAAGGGACCUAGGAUCACAUGCCGAUGUGAGACUGUAGUAACAGAAGGGUCACCUGCACAGCUAUGGAAAGAUGCCCUGAUUUUCUUGCUAAGCUAAGGCCAAACUGGCCAGCUUCAGGCUGUUGCAGCCCUAGUGUAACAUGCAGCUAGCGAAAAUGUUGAUGUCAAGCAUGUUACAGGAGAGACUGACAUGACUGCAUUUCCCUCCAGAUAGAGGUGGACAGACCCUGGCUUGGCUUACUCUGCAGCUGGUGGAAGAGGGAAGCAUUGAUGGAAGUAACAAAGCUCAGUUUCUGCCACUUCUGACAGCAUAGUCAUGAUGCCGGGGCUCUCAAACUCUUGUGGGACUUUCUUAGCUGCAUUUGUCCAGCAAACAUCCUGAUGCAACCCAGCAGGCCCCCCUGGAUGCAGCUAGCUAACCACAGUUCAUGUCAAUUGUCACCCUUGCUCUUUCUCUGAGGUUUUAAAUCUGAACUCCUUCAAAAACUUCAUCUGCUCCCUUGACCUUAAAAUUAUGUCAUGUUUGUGUUACAUAAAGCUUGGGAUGUGAUUAAAAAACAAAAAGUUUUGAUAUUAUUUUGGCUUCCAUCUAAACUGAUUUAAUUUCCUGCAGUCAGUGGCUCUGACACUUGGCCUCUGAUCUGAUCCUCCAUCUGUGUAUUAACAGGACACCAAAGCACGCUGAGCACAAGUGGUGACAUUAACAGAUGAGAAUUUGUUGUCUAGUUCUUGAUCACUCAGCCAAAGAAAGAUCCUUAGAUAGCAAUGAUGAUGUCUUCAAGUCCUGCCUUUGAAAAUGGUAAUAAUGCACAGCUGCUAAAGGAAAGCAUUCUACAGACUGCUAUGAGCAUAAUCCCUUUUGCACCGAUAAAUACAUUGUUAUAUUUUUACAGAGAAAAACCAAAUGUGUGGUGCAAAUGAACUGCAAGAUCAAAUUGCUUCCCUAACACAAGUUAGUUGUAUGUGACAUUUUGAAAAACUUAAAUCAGAAAUACUUGUUCUUUCAUGUGCAAGUCUCCAUAGGUAUCUUGCUUUAUUCCUUAAUGGGCUCAAACAGUUUACCGGGAGACUUUUAAAGUUUGUUCUGGCUUCACAGAUCCCCGCUGCCAUUGCUGUAAUAUUGUAAGCAGGUUGUGCAAUACGUCAUUAUUGAGCAGGUAAAAUUGGGCUGUCUCUGGUGGAGGGUAGGGGUGAGGGAGCAGGAGAGCAAUUGGCAGAGAUAUGGUAGCAGUGCAGCCUUUUCCACCAAGUCUGUUAACCUGAAUUUCAUAACUGUUGCUUGUGACCAGAAGUCAUUUCCAGUGUGUGGCUUUUUUUAUAGCCUCUGGACUAUGCCUUGGGUAAAGGUGGCAUGGGGGGGAGGAUUAGCUGGUGCUGCCUGGUUGGGAGGUUAUCACAUCAAGGAAACGUUGAUUUUUCUCUGCGUGCUCUGAGUUUUGUGGCCCACUCCUCUGGUGUAAGUAAAUCUGGUGUUUGCACUUCUGCAGAUUCUUGUCAGGGGAACCAAAUCUGGUUCUUGAUAUUUAAUAAAAGAAAGGGUUGUAUUCCCUUCCCAACAUCAUUUUGUCUAACCCUGUUAUAAACAAGUAAUUCUUUAGAAAACAGCUGGUUGAAUAAAAAAUACAGCAAGACCAAAUAAGAAUGUUUUAAUCUGUUUUUCUAUUCUAUGAGCCAAUUUAUAACAUGCUUGAUGUCUCUGAACACUUUGAUAAAGAGCCUUUGUUUGAUUCCUAAAUCAUGCUACAGAAUUUUACUAAUCCAUUGUAUAGGCACCCACUCCAUAAACCAGUGCAGAAUAUACAAGCACGUUACAUUUGAGAUACAGUCACAGAUUUGGCAUGGUUUGAAUAGUAAAUAUAAACUAACAGAGCUAAAAAGAAUAUUCCAACAGUAUGAAACUGGGGAAAAUGGAAAUACAUAUUAUUGUUCUCAGAUGUUACUUUUGCCUUACAUCAAGAUACCGUGUUUCCCUUUCCUAUUUGAAGUGUAAGUUAAUGAAAAGCAAAGCUGCUUACUGUUUAAGCUUGCAAAUUAACUAUAUUUUGAAUAAACUAAGCUUUGAGCAAGCUUUUUCAUUAACAUAUAAUUAAGUUUGCAAUAUUCAUGUUUAAAUGCUAGACAGUAAACCAUUUCUGAUGGAAAAGCAUUGUGGACUAUUAAGGUGUUGAGGUUUUCAUUUAUUGUGUCUGUAGCUAGGUAAGCAAGUUUACCUGCAGUGACUGUUCAUUUUUCCAGUGGGGUCAUUGACUGACUGUGUCAAAGUUUUUCUGAGAAAGAAAAUACAGUCUGUUUCUCUCUUAAAUGGCCAGUAUGUUGUCCAGGAAUUUUGGAGCCAGAGAAAAGCCCCACAGCAGCUUCUGUUGUUGUCCUUUUCUCAAAUGGAAGUGACUUGUGGCUGGGUAGCAAGGUCAUGACUUGGAAGAGAUCUGAAGUGUUUUUGACUCCUGCUUAAUUUCAUUUUUCUGUUGUCCUGUAUUUCCAAAACACUCUGCCUUUUAAAUAUGAAGGUGUCUUUGCAGAGGUGAGGUGGCAAAGGUCUGUGGAAAGAAGAGCAGGUGCAGGGGGCAGAGUUACCAUGAUGACUUUAAGGGAAGUGGAAGAUGCACAACAGCUUUAAUUACAGGGUCAGUGUAAGGAAUGGUCUAGCAAUUCGUGUCACUAAGGGAUUUGAAGGGUUAACAUUGAGGCCCAAGUCUAGGUGAUAAGAGAACAAAGCGGGUUUUUAGAGAAAACUGCUGACUACUGCACGGGAUGUUGCGAGAGUUUCUGAAAUCCGGCCCAGAGGCUACCAAAUAACGAGAAAGGGGGAGCUGAAGGACGACUGAAGGACAAAAGUCUGGGAGGAAAACCACCAGCCUUCAGCCCGAGCGACCCCCGAGAGACCACCAGAGACUGAUACGCAGGCAUCCCUGGGAGGGUUUCAGAUUCCGGAAACCAAUUAUAAUAACCCUGCCUCUUAUAGAAGUAGUAAUGAAUAUGUAUUAGCCUAGGAGCAUAAAAACCAGCCGCCUUACGUAACAGGUGUGCAUCCUGCUGGAGCAGAGACUCCCGGCGCACGCAGCGCUGUUUGCUUGCCUCUAUUCGUUUAAUAAACUGUAAACUUUGAUUGUAA